AUGUUAAAAAGAUAUGAGGAAACAGAUAGAAAUGAGGAAGUAAGAAAGUAUAAAGAAGCAGACAGGCAUGAGGAAUUAAGAAAGUAUGAGGAAGCUGAUAGGUAUGAGGAAGCAGGAGGAGAUAAGGAAGUUUACAGGCAUGAAGAAGCAGACAAACAUGAGGUAACAAGAAGACAUAAAAAUAACCAGGCACUAUCUAGAGGCAGGUCUAAAACUGUAAGUCAUUUAGAUAGAGAGGAUAAGAAUAAAAGUUCUUCAAGGCUUGUCUUAUAA